CUCCCUCAAUCACUCUUCUCCCGCACUUUCACUCUCACGCUACUUUUCUUUUCCCCUUUAUUCUCUUUCACAUACACGUCCUCACCAUACUCACAAGCACUCUUCUGAUUCCUACAUCGCUUCUUGCUCUUCUUUUCUUUUUCUUUCCGGGAAUCCCCUUGCUUGCGCCUGUCUUCGUUGUUGACUUGACUUAACCUUUAACAGCAAACAACAAUCGUUCGACAAUUGCAUCUGGAACGCGACUCGACAUUUCUUUUCUUCUUGUCUCGGUCUCUCUUUGGUUUCCACUCGGGCGCAAUUACACAUACACACAGACUCACCAUGAUGUCCAACGGCGAUGAGGUCAAGAAGCGACCACUUGAUGACCUGGCGAACCUGAACAGCGAGCCCAACGGUGACGCCUCUCUUCCACACGACUUGCCUGCUCAUGUCCCUGAAGAGACAUCAUUAAAGAGAUUGAAAGCAGAGGAAGAUGACCAUGUCCCUAUGUCCAACACCACUGCCGCAUCGACCGUUCUUUCCUCUGAGCAACAUCCCAUCGUGCCUUCUCUUGACCACGGACGACCAGAUUUUCCUGCACCGACCGGCCAUAGCAGCUCAGACCAGACGAUAGAUAGCGAUAUGAGUGUCCUGAAAUCCUUACCAAACGUGCCUGCGACCAAUGUUUUGUCGGGACCGCCAGCUUCUGCGCCUGCUUCCGAAGCAGCUGCGCCGAUCGCCGAGCUCCGGAACCCUGAUAGCAUUGAUGUUUCAAAGCCAGCAUUGAACCCACCCACACUUAUCGCGGUGCCUUCAAUCACACCUAUCAACUCUUCGAAUGCGGCGCUGGCGUCAGUGAACCCAAUCUUGAAUGGAAUCCGCAAGCCUGCAAUGACUCGCGAGCAGCUCAAGUACUGCGGCGCCAUCAUCAAGCAGCUCAAGAGACAUCGCGACGCCCCGGCUUUCUUGAAUCCAGUUGACCCAGUUCUUUUAAAGAUUCCCGAUUACCCGGUUGUAGUGAAGAAUCCAAUGGACCUUUCGACAGUCGAACGGAAGCUGAAUGGACUCGAAUAUGAUACCGUGGACGACUUUGUGAAGGACGUCAACCUCAUUUUUUCCAAUUGCUACCUUUACAAUGGCCGGGAAUCUCUCGUCUCCAUCUGCGCAUCGAACCUUGAGGCUUCUUUCCACAGCUCGUUGCGCCAUAUGCCCAAAGACAAUGCGAAGAUUGCAGAUGCGCCGAUCCCAAAAGACACUGCCAAAAAGACCCCAGCUGCUUCAAAGCCCAAGAAGGACCCUGUCAAGAAGGAGGAAAUCAAGGCUGUCACACCUCUCUCUACUCCAGUCUCAGAGUACCCUCCCAUGGAUCUGUCUCAGUCCAGAGCUGCUUCAGAAGAACGACGACCCAAACGAGACAUUCAUGCGCCAUCAAAGGAGAUACCCUCAGCAAUUGCUGUGAAAAAGAAGGGAACAGGAAAGUGGAAGUCGGACCCUCAGCUGCGAUACUGCGGAUCGAUCUUGCGCGAGUUCUCAAAGAAGGCGAACGCAGAGUUCAUGUACCCUUUCAUGGAACCAGUGGAUUGGGUGGCACUUAAUAUCCCGGACUACCCCAAGGUUAUUAAGAAUCCUAUGGACAUUUCAACCGUCCGCAAAAAGCUGGAGGAAGACGAAUACGACAAUGCGGCGAUGUUCGAGGCCGAUGUUCGUUUGGUACUUUGGAAUUGUUUCAAGUUCAAUCCUGCAGGAUCCCUCGUUCACACAAUGGGUCGCAGGAUGGAGAAGUUGUUCAACGAAAAGUGGGCCGAGCGUCCUUCACCCCCAACCCCGCCGCCCGUUGUUGAGGAGCCCACUGUGGAGUCCGAAGAGGACGACGUUGACUCGUCUGACGAAAAAAUCGCCGAGAUGGAGAGACAUUUGAAGACGUUGUCUGAAAAGCUGAAGCAGAUGAAGGCGGCCAAGAAGAAGGAAAAGGCAGAGAAGAAGUCAGCAAAGGCAUCCUCGCAGGAGAAGCCCGCCAAGUCCAAGACAGCUUCUAAGACUCCAGCCAAAACUCCAGCCAAGCCUGCUCCUGUCAAGGCUUCAGCCCCCGAGAGGAAGAAGGUGCCAAUCAAGCGUUCCAGACCUGUCUAUACCAGUGAAAGCGAGAGCAGUAGCGAGGAAGACGUUCCGACCAUCACCUUUGAGCAAAAGAAGGAACUCAGCGACAGUAUCAAUAAGUUUGAGGGCGACAAGCUGGCGAACGUUGUGCAGAUCAUUCACAACAGCAUGCCCCAUCUUCGCGACAAUGGUGGUCAAGAGGAGAUUGAGCUCGACAUGGAUUCAUUGGAUCCCCGUACGUUGUACAAGUUGUAUCAAUAUGUGAAGAAGAAUACGACUGUGAAGCGCAAGAAGCCUGCGCCGAAGAAGGUCAAGGUCCAGUACUCGGAAGAAGAUGCCACUAAGAAGAUCACAGAACUGGAGCGGACCCUCCAAAAGUUUGAACAGCCUGCCGCACAUCAGAAGGGUAUGUACCGAAUUGUACUGAUGGCUUCAUUCUUUGUUGCACGGGAAAGACCGUCUGAAGCAUUGUUGCUGAUCGUCAUGCAUCUUUUCUCUUUUGGCUACCAGGCCCUCAUCUCCCUGCGAAUGAUGGGUAUUCCUCCAGUUCGAGUGGAAGCUCCAGCUCCUCUGGAUCCGAGACUGAUUCGGGAAGCGACAGCGACUGAGACCAACAUCGAUUGUCCUCUAGCACAUGCGCAUAUCGUACUCUGCUUCUGCCGAUAUAUCAUCUCUCUCGGACCUUGUGAUUAUACGUCCGCCUUUCGAAUGGUUUCCUGUUUAUAACAACCCUUUCGUUUUAUCUCUCUCCAACACUUGUAUACGCACACCAACCCGCCCGCGGGCGCUCAAUGUACUUUAUAAUUCUCUUUCUGCCCUGCAUUCACAUCCACUCACAGUCGAUGCUGUUCAAUUUCAUGUCGUUACAUGUACUUGUAUCGUUGUUUCUUUCGCUCUGUUCCUUUCGUUUAUCGCCUGUAGAUAGAAAACACAUUGGCAUUCCCUCUCUCUUUUUUUCUUUUUUUUUCCUCUUCCAGUCAGGUAGAGGUUUUUUACUCGCACCAGCUUUUUUUUCUUUUUUUUUUACCUUUUUUUCUGUUCUGUCCUGGUCUUGAUGGAUCUCCGGAGUCAAAUAAAGACCUUGUGAGAACAAAGCAAAACUUUGGUGCAC